AAAUGAUUGUCGCACUUCUGUUAUAGAUUUUAUGUCCUGUCAAAUAAUGUAAACAAAGUAGUCUGCAGAGGGAUUAUUUUUAUUUCCGUAUCGGCGUAUUUUAUACAUAUUUCACUUUAUUUAUGGAUUUCCUCUUCUAUUUUUAAUAUUUGAGAUGUCUUGUAAUGCCUGUUAUACCACAAAUUCGUGGAGAUUUCAUUCUUUGAAAUCUGAACUUUUUUCCUUUUUUGACAAAUUUACAACCCAUUUUGUAUCUAUUUACAUACCAACAUCCAAAAAAACAACAUUGUGUAACUCUUGCUAUUGUAUGAUAAAGAAAUUAAAAGAAUGGAGUGAGAACAUAUACAGAACUGAGAGAAUUGUUACAUUUAGGGAUCAUAAUCAUGAUAAUGUGCUUGAGGAACAACAUUUGGAUACUGAAACAGAAAUUUCACUUGAUCCACAGACAACUGAUUGUUUAAGGAAUGGUCACUUUGGUUCCAUUGAGUAAGUAACUGACAGUCAUUAUGUCUUCAUAUUGUGUGAAUCAUUAUGCUAUCCAUUCAUUAUAUGCCCGUUUACGGGAUGUAUUAUGGUAUACCGUUGUCCGUCUGUCCGUCCGUCUGUCUGUCCGUCCGUCCGUCGUCAACAUGUCGGACAAUAACUCAAAAACGCUUUGACCAAUUCGCAUGAAACUUUAAUGAAAUGUUUAUAUCUAUUGACGUGAGCU